UCUCAGGCCGGCAGGGGGCGCGGUACUAGUCGACACGGCGGCUGCGCCGGGCUCCGGGAAGCGGGCGGAGGGAGGCGGUCGUAGCAGCACCGCUGAGCGAUGGCCGGGGAGGAUGGAGCCGCCCCGGAGGCUGCGCAGCCCCCCGCGGACUCGGGCCCUGCCGGCGGCGGCGGCGGCGGCUACGACGCCAAGUGCGUCUUCUGCAGGAUCGGCCGCCGGGAGGAGCCGGGCACCGCGCUGCUGCCCUGCGAGUCUGAAGGUCUAGUCUGUUUUAGAGAUAUCAGACCUGGGGCCCCACACCAUUAUCUAGUAGUGCCGAUAGAGCAUAUGGGAAACUGCAAGACUCUAAAGAAAGAGCACAUUCCACUAGUGGAGAAAAUGAUGGAAGCUGGAAAGAACAUCCUUCAGCGAAAUAAUUUUACUGACUUGAAUGAUAUAAGGAUGGGAUUCCACUGGCCUCCAUUCUGCUCAAUAUCCCACUUACAUCUUCAUGUCCUGGCCCCAGCCAGUCAUCUGGGAUUCUUGUCCAGGAUGAUAUACAGAACCAAUUCCUAUUGGUUUAUCACAGCUGAACAGCUGAUUGAACGACUGCAGACUGAAAAUACUGCCAGUUGAAAGCACCUUACCUAGUCUUGGAUCACAAAUCAAUUUAGAUUUUGUUCUUUGAACUCUGAUUAAGAUUAUAUAGUUUGGUGUAACUAUUUGUGAAGUUUUAAAAAAAGGAAAAGAUUGAGUUGAUUGCCUGUUCCUUCAGAGCAAGAACUUUUUUGAUUGUCUACCUAAUGCUCAGUGUAUGUGUACUCAAGUUUACUGAUAAUAGAUGCAAAAUAUUUGAAUGGAAAAUAGAGUAAUAUAUAAAACACUAGUUCUAGUAAAAUACAUUCAAACCAUUACUGUUUAUAAUGUAUUAAAACUAGGCAAAUUUUCAACAGUAACCGUUAAUAGCAUGUACACUGUACCAAGUUGAAUGCUUAAAAGUGGAAUCUAGCUUUUUAUAUUAACAAAAAAAAAAAUGGGGAAUGAAAUAGUGUUUAAAACGAACAGGUUUCCUUUAGUACUUGCAUGAGUCAUGCUGGUGAUGUCUAGUUCUUAGUAGGUACAGUGCUAAAGAUAGAUACUACUGUUUUUUGGUGCUAAACCAUUUUAAUAUAUUGCUAUCUUGCAUGAUGAUGGUCUGUAGCAAGUGCUAAACAUAACAUAUUGUGCCCAGAAUAUGAUAAUGCUUUAGAACAUAGAAUUUAGUUUAAAUUGAUUGAUUGUUACUUGUCUUGAAUAUUCUCUAAAUACAAGAUUUUUAAAACAUACAGUUAAAUUAAAGCGUUUGGAUGGAUUGAAUUAACACACUUGCCUCUGGGCAUCAAAUUUAACCUAGAACCUAGAUUAAGGACUUGUCUACACAGUGCGUUAGUCAGCACUAGAAGACCGGGGUGUAAAUUCUAGUGUGCAUUACUCUGUUGCAUAUAACUGGCCUGUGUGGAUCCUGCUGGCACGCACUAAAAGAUCGUGUGUGUGAAUGUAGUCCUGUUUCACAGUACUACAUUAACACACACUAGGGAAUUUUUAGUGCAUGCCAGUGAGGUCUACGUGGGUAUUUAGUGUGCACUAAAAGUUUACAUCCUUCUUGUGCAGACGAACACACUGGGUAGACAAGCCCUAACAUGUGGUUCUACUAAAUGUCACUUUGAUUUACUUAUGCUAUGGCUAAAUUUGACUCCUAAAUAUUUAGAGGUCACAAGAUAAAUUGUUCACUGAUGGUGGGUUUUGUUGUUUUUGAGCUCACCACACACAACUACUAUAUAACCUGAUAGGUCUUGGCAUAUCUGGGACUCAGGCAAAGCCCAAAACUGGAGUAUUCAUGUGAUGUGGUGUUAAGAGUUGCAUGAGGAGGUGUUCAGAGUGUCUAUCUGCACUACAUAUGGCUCUAGUCAGUGCUGUCGCUCCCUCAUUUUUAUGAGCACCAAAUUAAUUCAGAUCAUUUGAAAAGAAGAUAAAAUUUCAGGGCAAUAAUUUUAUCCCUUGGUUUUUUAUUUAUUUGUUUUUUGUUUUCCACCAACCAUUUUGCAUUUACCUAAUUGAAACCAGUGCCCUUAGCAUCUACAUGUUAACAGCCAGGGUGGUGGUUAUCCACUGCACCUGUAGGCUUCUCUGAGAAGUCUUAAAGUGCUUUCCACGGAUCCUGUUGCCUUAGUGAUGCAGUGUUUUGUAAUGUUUAUUUGUGUAUAUAGUACUUGAAGUGUUAAGAAUAUGCUGACCAAAGAACAAGAUUCCCUGCCAUAAAGAGCUUACUUCUGUCUUUUCUCUGAGACAUUGCACUUACACUGUGUCUGCAGUUGGAGCUGAGGGUGUGGUUCCUGGACAUACCUGUGCUAGCUUUGCUAAAAAUAGCAAUGGAAUUUACGGUGGCAGGGGCAGGUGUGAGCUGUGGCAUGGGCUAGCUGCCUUGAAUAUAUCCCACCCAAACCCGGUGGGUACCUACUCAAGGCAGCUAGCCCAUGCUGCCACUUGCUGCUGCCUGUGUGACUCUGGCUAUACUGCUAUUUUUAGCAUGCUAGAUUGAUCAAAGCUAGCACUGGUACAUCUAUGGGAGCUGGGAAACACAUCUCCAGCUCUAAAUAUAGAUGGAGUGUUAGUGUCUUGAUCCUCUUGUUAAGGGGGAUUGGCAUGUAACUUACAAUACUUUGGAGUCUGGUUUAGUUCAGAUUGGUGCUAGGAAGACUUUGACUCAUUCCUUGCAAUAAUUAGGGAAUCAACUCACACACAUCGUAACUUGAUUAAAAUAUUAGGAUACCAAUAUAUUAACAUCUUUUUUAAAACAGUGAUAAAGUACUGCUCAUGAAUAUUGUGGUAGUGAAUUAAUUUAUGUAACUAUACUUAACUGUGAUCUGCAUCAUUACAAGCUACUUUUAUGAGCCAGUUCUAAAAUAUUAUGGAAAAGCUUAAUAAAAACCAGAAAUAGUAAAUGUUAA